CAACUUCCGUGAGUCACACUAAUGUUCCGUUUGACCAAAACUGGAAAAGAAGGGUGGAUUUUUCGGUUGGGGUGGGGUACCUCGUCAAAAGACGAAAAUAUGAAUGUUAAAACUCCAGACAACGAUGGCAGUAUGCACUGUUGUAUCUUCUUAACUUGUAAAUAAGAUACCGGUGGAUAAUCUCCGUUGUAGACAUUGUUUUAUGGCGGGUCUGUCUUAUUUAGUGUUCCGUUUUUCGGGGUCCGCUGGUCGGACUUAUGGGGUGUUUUCUAAAGGAUUGACGAGGACUUUGUUGAUAUUUUUUGAUCUCGCUUGGCGACUGCGAAUCAGAUUCCCAUACCUCUACCUCAUCGCUUCGAUGAUGUUCAAUGUGCGAUUACAGGUCCAUAUUGAGAUUCACUGAGUGUGUUACAACUGCCACAAUUGAGGACCCAACACUCUGGACUGCUCAUUAGUGGGCAUCCUCAGUCAGAACUUCCGGAAGAGACCCUGCAGACCUCACACAAUCAACAAUGUGGAAGAGGGCACUAGUAUCAGGGGCCAGUGUGACAAUGGUCAAUGUUACACGACCGUUGUCUCAGCCACCCUUUGUCAUAGGAACCCAGUGCCUUUGCUUGGGAAGGACACCAUGAUGAUGUCAUUAACAAUGGCCACCGGGGUGUGCAGAGAUCUGUGAGGUUGUACUGGGAUAUAUCCCUCACAGCCACUCGCCACCAGAGAUUCUUGAGCUGCCCAUCUGGUCAGAGGAGACAUAGGAAAGGAUGACCAGUGGAAUUCGACACUGCCUUUUUGUCGCAGACCACAAGGAGGACUGAGAAACAAAAAUUACAAUGACAACAAUGGAAUGAAUGUUUUUGGAACCUUUCUUAUUUCUUCUUCCUCUUAGAGUUCUGUUUGACGUGUUCAUCAGUGCUCAUCUGUAGUCGUCUCCGAAGGAAAACUGGAAACUUGUCAUAUAGUUCCCCUCAUAAUGAAACACAAGUAUCCGCUAGCUUGCAUCUCCACCGCAUGACAUAAACCAGUGCAUGUUUUCUAUUCUCAGUGGUUUGGGCAUUUUUUUUGAGCGGUUUUUGAAAAGUUUGUUUCCCAAUGGAAAGAUGGUGCAGUGAGUUGGAAAGUGGAAGAGGAUACAUUUCAGUGUAGCUCAGCAGGGCUACUGUUACAACCUUUCAGUGUAGCUCAGCAGGGCUACUGUUACAACCUUUCAGUGUAGCUCAGCAGGGCUACUGUUACAACCUUUCAGUGUAGCUCAGCAGGGCUACUGUUACAACCUUUCAGUGUAGCUCAGCAGGGCUACUGUUACAACCUUUCAGUGUGGGUAUGGUCACCUUUCAGUGUCGGUACGGUCACCUUUCAGUUAUAGAAAUGGCAAGGUGCUUGUUGUAAUGUGCAUCCUUAGUGUCACUUCUUCUCACUGAUUUGGAAUGGAAUGUUGCAGUGUAGGUGUCAGACAAACAGGAAGGAUCCAGGAAAGGAAUGACUGCAUGACACACAAACACACACUUGUCACCCACUUCUCUAUCGGUCAAUGGAGCUAACGAGGUGGCAUUUUAGAUUUGAAAUAAAUGGUUUAUGAUUUUGUCUUAGGUAUGCACUCAUACUUAUUUCUCAGUAAAGUGUUUGUGGGUUUUGUCAAUUCUCGAGUCACUGUAUUAAAAGGGUAAGGAAUUGAAUAUGGUUGUACAUCCUUGGAAACAAUACAUUAUUAAACAAUCAACUAUUUCUGUCA